GGACCUUUUUCUCAAACGUAAUAAUAGUCAUCCUUCACGGCAGGCACUCAUGCUAGCGUGGAAAGGGCUUCUGUUUUAAAUAAGUAGGAAAGGAGAAAAAGAAAAAAAAAAUGGUGGAACUUGGUUGCUAAAAUGCCCCAUCUCUCGGCUCUCUUUGCUUUGGAUGCUUCUGUUAUUCUAUUAAGGUCUGUCAUUGGGUGUCGAGCUCACUACUAACUACACUGCUCACCCAUCUUUCGUUUCUUUAUCUUUCUCUUUGAAAAAGCUAAGCAAAGAAGAGAUCUGUCAAGUUUGUUCUUGGUGGGGGUUUAAGUUUUAGUAACAAGUUUUAUCACCUUCAACUUUUUUGAAAGCAUUGCUCUCAUUUCCCUUCUGUUUUGGGUUUUAACGUUUCCCAAACCAGAACAUAAAGAUCUUUGUUUCAGUAAUAAGAUUAAAGCAGAGAAGGCAAAUACUUUAUGAUCCCUGAUUGACAAAAUGGGCUGUGUUGCUUCAAGGAUCGAUAAAGAAGGGAGGGUGCAGGUUUGUAAGGAAAGGAAGAAGCUUAUGAAACAAUUGGUGGGAUAUAGAGGAGAAUUUGCAGAUGCCCAGUUGGCAUAUUUGAGGGCAUUGAAGAAUACUGGUGUAACUCUUAAACAGUUUACUGAGUCGGACUCGUUGGAACUUGAAAAUACCUCUUAUGGCCUGACAUUUCCUCCCUCUCCACCUCCCCCAUUGCCUCCUCCCCCACCACCACCUUCUUUUAGCCCUGAUGCAAGAAAGGCCUGUGACAAUGGUAAAGCAGAAGCUGCCCAAGAAGAAAGCAUAGAGAUUAUUCAGGAUGAUUGUUCUACCCCACCACCUCCAACUGCAAGCUCAUCAUGGAAUUAUUGGGGCCUUUUUGAGCCCACAUCACCUCUCCAUCAUCCAAAACAGAGUGAAACUAUAGAAACAGUUCAGGAGGAAAAUUGGGCAGAGAGUAAGAUGGAGUUUGAGGAUGAAAACCAGGGAGAGGAGCUCGUUGAAAAUACUGCAAUAAGUCCUCUCUCUGAGAAACCUCAGCCUGGGGAAAUUGUUGAUGAUAACUCAUCAACGAUGAGCUGGUAUAAUAAAGACUCUACAGAUGUAGCCAUGGUAGUAUCGAAGAACAAGACGUUGGAGGGAAUUAUAAAGGAAUUGGAUGACUGUUUUUUGAAAGCAUCUGCUGGUGGAAAGGAAAUAGCUGUUUUUACAGACAUCAACAUAGGGGGCAAUUCUCUUCCAUGGAAACUCAAUGAAAACAAAAGGAAGAGGAGCAAUUCUGCAAAGGUUUUUAGUGCAUUAUCACGGAGCUGGUCCUCUAAGCCCCUUCAGUUUGCAAGAGAUGCUGUUCAGUGUGGAUCUAGUGAACCAUGCAAGCCUGGAGCUCAUUGCUUUACUCUUGAUAAGCUAUACGUUGCAGAGAAGAAUCUUUACAAGGAAGUAAAGGAAGAAGAAAUUACCAAAUUGGAGCUUGAAAGGAAAUUGAUGUUGCUGCAAAAGCAGGAUGGAAACCAUGACUGGACCAAGACUGAGAAAAUCCGAUCAAGUAUUGAGAAUCUGGAGGCUCACAUAAGACACCUGCAACAUUCAAUAAGCUCGGCCUGUUCAUCUAUAUUGGGGCUUAUUGAUGAGGAGCUUUACCCCCAGCUUGUUGCACUAACUUCGGGGCUGAUGAAGUCGUGGAAAAUGAUGUACAAAUCUCAUCAAGCUCAGAACCAUAUUUCACAGCAGUUGAAUCAUCUCACUGAUAAUUUAGGAAUGGACCUGACUACUGAAUCCCAUCGUCAGGCUACUGCUCAGCUUGAAACAGAGGUUUCUUUCUGGUAUUACAGCUUCUGUAAGCUCAUAAAAUCUCAGCAAGAGUAUGUAAGAACACUAGACGGGUGGAUCCAACUUACUGAUUGCCUUGUGGAUGACCACCAGCAGAAUCGUUGCUUAUCUGCAGUUCGUAGGCUCUGUGAAGAAUGGCAACUUGGUCUUGAAAAAUUACCUGAUAAGGUAGCUUCAGAUGCCAUUAAGAGCUUUUUGUUGGCAAUCCAAUCGAUAAUCCAACAGCAGGCUGAGGAACACAAACAGCAAAAAAAAUCUGAUAAGCUUGAGAAAAGGUUGCAGAAGGAGUUAAUGUCACUUACCGAGAUGGAGAAAAAGGUGGAGGGAAGUGUAGCAACUUUAGACGUAAACUCCACUCUGAGUCCCAAGCAUCCUUUAUCCAUGAAGCGUGCCAAAAUUGAAGCCUUAAAGAAGCGAGCUGAUACGGAGGAGGGCAAACAUCUAAACUCAAUCCAAGUAAGCAAGAGCAUGACUUUGAACAAUCUAAAAACUAGCCUUCCCAAUGUAUUUCAGGCAUUAAUGGGAUUCUCGGAAGCUUCUUUUCAGGCCUUUGAGGCCAUUCAUAGCCACGCUCGGCCAGAAAUUCGUUGUAAUGCAUCAGAGAACUCAACAACCUAAAUUUGAUUGAAUUGUGGAAUUGUAUGAAAUGAUUUGUGCCGGUGAUUGUCAAUACUCAAUAUCUGAGCUGCACUGAGGGGUACAAAGCAAGAGUACAAGGUCUUGCAACUUCAGAGAACGAUAAAAAUUUUUAAUUAGUGAAGUUUUGAUUACACUGGCUUGUAUAAUUUCACACUGCAAAUAUAUGAUCACUUUUUGAGGAAAUGUUCCUCUUCUCUCUCAAAUGUUAAAAAAAUAUAUUUGAUCUGACAGUUGACAUCGUACAUGUUGACAUGCUACAAGUCUUCCGCUCUGUCGUCUCGGUCUACUUGCCUCUUGGCGUGCUCCUACCUUUCCUUUCCCUAUCGAGGAGUGGCUAGCAACGUUCUGUUCUAAUCCCUUCGAUUCCCAUACACAAGUACCUUCAAAUAGAGGUAUUCCCUUUCAUAAGAUGGAUAGUCCUUUUGAAAGGAAAGCAGUAAAAUACUAGGCAAGUGGUAAAGAAAUCUAUCUAUUUCCGCCGACAGAUCAAAAGAAUGCAAAACGUUCCAUUUU